AUGCUUGGGCGCCUUGCAGCGCUCGGUUGCAUAGCAGUUUUCGCACAUGCUGCGGUGCAUGUGCCCACGCGGGAGAUCGCCGCCGGCGUGCAGAUGCCGAUCAUCUCCAUAGGCGGGAGGAGGCCACUUCAAACGCGGGUGCGUUUCGUGACUAUGCGCAGAGGUAUCGGCGGGCUCGAGACUGCAAACGCAUCGGCCAUUGAGCUGGAAAAAGCAGGAAUCGACCGCAAGGACGUGUUCAUCACAACCAAGAUUCCUGGCUGUGACCUUGCCACAGCCAACAUUGAGUACGAUCUGAAGCAGCUGAAGACGGACUACAUCGACUUGCUUCUCAUCCACUACCCCUCGGGAGACUGUGCCAAGGCCCUGGGCUAA